CCUGUCUUCUUAUGCAGGUAAUAUGGCGGCUGUUGAAGAUUUUCUACAUAAUGGAGAUGUUUCUUGCAAAUUUACAGUAACACGAAUGGAAAACGAAAAUAUUGAACAGUUGAACGAGGAGAUUCGCAAUCUCGAGAAGUUAAUACGUCUGACAAAGGAAAGGUUAGAAAGGUUGAAUGCUCAAUUUGGAAAAGAGAGGCACCCUCCUGCCUUGUAUUUACAGGAAUAUGAAGAACUUGCAAAUAAGAUUCACGAGUUACAAACACAGCUUCAAGACAAGCAAGCACUUAUAGACAGUGAACUCGAGCCGCCAGAACCCCCACCCAGACCCGAGCCUGCGAGACCCAUAUAUCCGACUACACCUAUAAAUCUGGCUCCCAGCUCCAUCGGAAAUGGGGCAAAGAUUGAGUCGGGCGGCGAUAUGGGAGCUUUACCUAGCCCUAGUCUGUCUAUGAAGUCACCUGUUGGACAUGUGAAAGCAUUCUUGCCUAACAAUCAGCGUACUUCGGUGACAGUGAAGGUGGGGAAGACAUUAGGUGAAGGUCUGGCUAAAGCAAUGAAAUUACGAGACUUUGAUACAGAAGACUGUGAUGUAUUUGAUAGAACAGGGAGACAGUUCAGUUGGGAUGACCCAAUGACAGAUGUCGCAGGGUAUGAACUGACAGUUGUGUUGAAAUCAAAUACAGGACGUCAACAACGUUUCCCAGGAGUUCCCAAUCAUAAUAUAGUACGAAAAACAUUCUUUUCUUUAACUUUCUGUGAUGUUUGCCACAAGUUUUUACUGCAAGGUUUUCGCUGUCAGACGUGUGGUUACCGACUUCAUCAGCGAUGUAAGGAAAAUAUUAACCCACAAUGUGAUACUAGGAAUCUUACUAAACAUUUACUAGCGGACAGUUUUGGUCACUCAAGCAUGUUACUUUCAUCAUACCAAAAUGCCACCCUUUCUCAGCCCUCCUCACGACCGUUUGCCAAUCGGCAGACGCCACCUCUUGUACAGAGAGGCAGAUCUACGUCGGCACCUAAUGUUAGCUUUGUAAAUACGGGUACCACAGAGGAGGAUGUGCGACAACAGUUACAGCAAGCUUACGAGGCCUCUACAAAUCAGCAAGCCCAGGCCGCCCCGUACAGAUACCCAAUGUACAAAGAUAAGCGCCAUGCAAGCGAUAGUUGCACAAAAAUUGUCCCUCACCGAGCGUUGUAUAAAGGUCAGCACAGUAAUACGUUAAAUUUGCCAGGUCGGACGUCAAGUCACAGUCCUGCCGGUAGCCCUACAGAUAGCACUAAUCAUUCUCCAACAACUGUUGGUAAACAACGGCCACGAGCGCGAUCAGUCGAGACAGACCCCGGGAGGAGAACGGGAGGUUGGAGAGAUUCUAAUGAAGAUUGGGAGAUUCCAAAUGAAGAAAUAAUUUUUGGUCCUCGGAUAGGGUCCGGCUCAUUUGGGACGGUAUUUAAGGGUCACUGGCACGGAGCAGUGGCGGUGAAAAGGCUCAAUGUUACUAACCCAACACCUGCACAGUUACAGGCCUUUAAAAAUGAAGUUGCUGUUUUAAGAAAAACUCGACAUUUAAAUGUUUUAUUAUUUAUGGGUUGUACGUCUAAACCACAAUUAGCAAUCAUAACACAAUGGUGUGAAGGUUCGAGUCUGUAUAAACAUUUACAUGUUGAUGAUAUCAAGUUUGAGAUGUUAGGUCUCCUAGAGAUAGGUAGACAAACAGCUCUCGGCAUGGACUACCUCCAUGCGAAGUCCAUAAUUCACAGAGAUCUCAAAUCAAAUAAUAUAUUUUUAACAGAAGAUUUAACUGUAAAGAUAGGGGACUUUGGUCUAGCAACUGUGAAAACCCGCUGGAGUGGCUCACACCAGUUUCAGCAACCUACAGGCUCAAUAUUGUGGAUGGCCCCAGAAGUGAUAAGAAUGCAGGAGCAGAACCCAUAUACAUUCCAGUCAGACGUGUAUGCAUUUGGUAUUGUCUUGUAUGAACUCAUGACCGGCAAUCUACCAUACUCACAUAUAAAUAAUAAAGAUCAGAUAUUAUUUAUGGUUGGUAAAGGCUAUUUAAGUCCAGAUGUGAAUAAAGUGCGAAACGACUGUCCUAAGGCAUUAAUACGUCUCAUGCAAGAUUGCUGCAAAUACGACAGAGAAACUAGACCCUUAUUUCCACAGAUUUUAUCAUCACUAGAAAUAUUACUUAGCUCGUUACCUAAGAUAGGAAGAAGUAGGUCAGAGCCUAUCAUGAACAGUUCACAUACUGAAGACUUCGAGGUGAUGUACAUGUGUGCGUCACCAAAAACACCUAUUAACAGUCAUUACAAUCAAUUCUCAUUCUUGAACUACUGACGAAAUAAUGUAACGAUGGAAGUUACAGGCCGCAAAACGUUCUGGUGGUAUAAUGUUUAUAUCACUAUCAUUCAUAAGAGUGCCCAUCAUUAAAUACAUUUGUGUAUCAGAAAUGGAAAUAAUAUAAACUUGUUUAUCAGUUUUCAUGUUUGAAUUACUGAGUGGCGAUCAAGAGACGGUAAAAAAGAUUCUCGAGGGGUGAUAUCAUAUACUGGAGUAGUGUUUGUAAUUCAUGUACGUAGGUCGUUAAGUACAUGUACAUGCAUACUUGUUUUGGUGCUAGUGAAAACAAAACACAACAACAAAAAACUAUUCCUUAUACAUUCACAAUAAAACUUCCGUUACGAGAUGAGCAUGAGUUGAUGAGCUAUUGUUAUUUCAUAGCUGUUGCGCUAGUGAAGUUACGUGCAAACUGAACGGUGUUUGUUCGGUUAUUUUUUAUUUGUGCGCUGAUAAAAGACGCAUUUGAUAACAUAGUGUGAACAUUUUAUUUUGCAAAAGCUGGAUAUAGGUAAAAAGUUGCCUUUGUGUUUCGUAUAGUGACAACACAAGUGUUUUUGUGUUUUUAUUUCCAUACAUUCUUACAUGGAGUUAGUGGGAAACUUCAUUGUUUAUUUUUUUUUGUGAUUUUUUUUUUAUAGACCCCAUUAUGCAUUGAGUUGCAAUGUAGCAAGGUGUUGUGGACGGCUUAUCACAGUUUCACACGUGACUAAUCGUGACUUUAGCACUGUGGUGGUACCAGUGAGUAGACAAUAUGGUGUAACACAUUCACGAGUGUGAUAGUGCCGUGUUAACAGUGUUAGCCGAACUUUGGCUAAACUCUUGCUAAGAUAAAUACAUUUGAGCCGCGUCACGACAAAACCAACAUAAUGGGUUUGCGACCAGCAUGGAUCCAGACCAGCCAGCGCAUCCGCGCAGUCUGAUCAGGAUCCAUGCUGUUCGCUAUCAGUUUCUCUACUUGUAAUAGAGUUGGUAAGCGAACAGCAUGGAUCCUGAUCAGACUGCACGGAUGCGCAGGCUGGUCUGGAUCCAUGCUGGUCACAAACCCAUUAUGUUGGUUUUGUCGUGAGGAGCCUCAUUUAUAUAUAUAACCCUGCUGUGAUUGUUUUAAAAAGAGAAACUUUAAGAGAUUACAGGAGUUAAAAGAUGUGUGGCAUAAUCUACGGACAAUACAGAUAAUGCUGCACUUAAUGUACACUUGGUUUGCAUAUGUACUAAUUUAAUGGUACAUGUACAUGCAGACUUGGACUUUUUAGAAGUUUUAGAGAUACAGUGAACUGCCUUAGGACCUGCCAUCUACAAAUUACUUAUGUCAAUUAUCUGUCUUAAUAUUAAGUUACAGUCAUUUUAAGAAUUUGUGCAUGUUACUAUAAUACAUGUAUAUAGGUUUGCCAUAAAAUGGUUCAUAAAUUUCUACAUAUAUGCACCAAUAUUUAUCCCAUACAUCAGUUCAACUUGAAAAUGUCAUUUUCUGUAAGUCUGUUAUUGUUACAAUGUAACUUUGAAGAUAACGUAAAAUUUUGAAUCGUUUCAUAAUUCCUCAAUAAAUAAGUAACAUUUCUGUUAAAGUUUUAAUCAAAUAUAAUAUUAAAGAAAAGAAGCAGUCUGUACUUGGGUGCUAUUUUGUUAGUUUUGGUGUAUUUAUGACUUAAAUAUAUUCUUUCACUAUCACAGUACAGGAAUAUGUCCAUGAAAAAUAAAAUGGAAACCAAUCUCAAUUCUCAGCAUCUGAUUGGUUAUUUUGAAAUCCACAAUUUGAAGUUGACCAAUAGCAAAGGUUAUUUGGUUUCCCUUAGACUGGUCUCAGUUGUUUUGAAUCCUCAAAUUUAAAAUUGGCCAAUGGUAGAGGAAUUCUGGCUUUCUCUUACACUGGUCUCAAUUCUCAGCACCUGAUUGGUUAUUUUGUAAUUUGAAAUUGGCCAAUUGCAGAGAGUUUCUGGUUUUUUCCUUAACUAGGUCCCAAUUCUCGAACCAUGAUUGGUUGUUUUGAAUUUUCCAGUUUAAAACUGGCCAAUGGCAGAGGAAAUCUGUUUUUCAUGAAUACUGGUCUCAACUCUCAGCACAUAAUUGGUUAUUUUCAUUUAUACAAUUUAAAAUUGGCCAAUGACUUGUACAAUCAAGAGUUAGGCUCCAAUAUCAUCCAUACUUUUAUAACUCUUUGGUAUUUUAUUUACUAAAUCUACGUGAUGGCUAAAUGAACAUGAUUUCAAAAUCAAGUUUCAGAUACGAUGAAUUAGCAGAGGGUUUUAAAUAUACAAAUCCUCAUACGGCAGUGACUGUAUUCUCUAUAAUGAUAACAUUCUUCUGUGAUGUAAUUAAGCCAACAAAAUUAAACAACAGACAUGUGUCCUAUUUUUUUUUUUUUUUUUUUUUUUUUUUUAAAUUUGAUUUUCUUGAUAAAAUUUACGAGGCAAUAUACAGUAUAUGAAAAUUGGUAAAAGCUGUAAAUUGUUUAACUUCCUUCACUUUCACUGGGCUGUAUAUCAUCGUAAUAGGAGGCUGUCUGUUGUUUAAAUUUGUAGGCUUACCUGUUUUUUUCUUGUUAUUUUAUAUAUGUGUGAGAGAGAUUUAAUUUAUUUGCAUGUUGUUUGAAUGUAGAAAAAAAGGAAAAAAAGUGUACAAUUUAGCAAAUGGUGAAAUGGACAGGUUUUUAUAUACAUGUAGUUGCUUUCUUGCAGAAUUUUGGUGAAACUUGAAAAUUGGAAAUGUUUAAAAAAAAAGGGGAAAAGAUCAGUCAGUAAUUUUAAUAGAUUUAAACUGUAAGCAAUGAUUACAAGAUUUCGAUAAAGAAAAUGUUACUGGAUUUUCAGAAGUUAAAGGGAAGUACUUCUGGUGAUAAAUCUGAUAAUGAAUAGUACAUGUAUAAUGAUGUAUUAAAUCCUAGUCAAAGUCACAUACUCUCCACUCUUCUUUCUUUAAUUCUUAACCUGCUGAAUUUAUAAAAUGGACUUGCCCAUUAUCUAUUUUUGGAACUGUCCAUUAUCUAUUUUAGGAAUGUCAAGAUGAAAUUUUAUAAUAAGUCAGCCAACAGUAUAGCGUCUGGCUAGACUGCAUGGACAUACAGGCUGGCCUGGCUCUAUACUGGUGGCAAAUGUUUAUCACAAAAGUAGCAGAAUUCACAGAAAACUAUUAUAAAGGUUGUUUACUAACCUAUUAUUCAUGGUUUGGAUCUUGAAUAUUACUUAGUUUUAACCUUUAAAAAAAGAUUUCAAGUUAGAUUAUUUUGAAAAGUAUCAUACUCAUCUGGGGUCGUGCCUCUUUAAAAGAGAGAAACGUAAAUUAGUCAUAAGAAAGAACAUAAAAUAAAAUAUGAAAUACAAGUGUAUUUUAUGAAUUGUAGGCUUGUUUUGGAUAAGAUUUUAAUAUAUAAUUUAGACUUGAUUUUGCUUGGAUAUGACGUGAUUUAAGACUUAAUUUUGCAAGAAAUGAAAUGACUUAAGACUUUAAUUGGCUAUGAUAUUAAUUGGUUUAAAACUUAAUUUUGCUAUGAUAUGAAAUGAGUUAAGAAUUAAUUUUGCUAGGAUUUAAUAAAUGUUAAAGGUAAUUUUGCUAGGAUGUGAAAUGACUUACAACUUAUUUUGCUAGGAUGUGAAAUCACUUAAGACUUAAUUUUGCAAGGACAUAAAUUGACUUGAGACUUAAUUUUGCUAGAAUAUGAAAUGACUUUGGCAUGAUGUAAUAAGUGUUUGAAUCUGUAACUGCUGGCUUUAGGAUCUGAAAGUGCCUUUCUUAAGUUUGUUAACAUUCAACUUUCAUUUUGCCUCAUAUUUCAUUAUAGUUAGUCAAAGGUUUAAAAAAAGAAAUAUAAUGACAUAAUUUUUCAUUUUUCCAGUUAGUCGUACUGUAAUAUUGAAUAUCUGAUGUGAAAACCAUUUUGUCAUUCUCAAUUUUCCAAACACCAGUCCUGGCCUCAAGGUUAUAUUUAUUUCUGAGUUUUGACUUAAUCUCAAGAUUUUCAUUGGUCAGUGUACAUUCUGUGGGAGUUUCUGGCCAAUCAAAUACCGAAGAUCUGAGUUUGAGCUUGAAGAAUUUCUGUAGACCCUCGGACCCAGGUCAUGACUUGCCUAUGACACCAGUAUAGAGCCAGGCCAGACUGCCCAUACACGCUGUCUGAAUAAAAUCUAGACUGUUUUCUGCUUUAUUUUAGUGUUAUUUAUACAGCCAUCUAUAAAACUAGCACUGAACAAUUUCAAAUUUAUUCUGCAGCAUAUCCACUGCAAAUGAGUUUAAAAGGAGGGUGUAAGAGAACAAUAAAUUUAUAGAAACACUAUAUCUGACCAGACUUUCAUUAAUUCAAAUUAAACUCAUGAUUUUAAAGCUAAAUUUUUACAUUGUACAGUGUUCAGAAUUCAUUCAACUUUAACUUUUAAAGGCAGAAAUCUGCAUUAAUUUUUAACUUGCAAAAUUUUGUAUGAUGGAUAAUCCCUAAUUUUACUGAAAAUGCCCAUUGUUUAUGUUACAAGAUUUGAUAUCAAAAUACUCAUAUUAGAUAAGAUUUGAUAUCAAAAUACUCAAAUUAGACAAGAUUUGAUAUCAAAAUACUCAAAGAGCCAGUACUAUAACAGUGGAUAAACAAAAUCACUAUAUUAUGUCUAAAAUUUGAUAUGUAUGAUGUCUUAUGAUUACUGUACAUUUCUUGGGAGUCUGUAAUAUUUUAACUAGUACCUUUCUUGUAAAAACAGAAACUGAAUGUUCGUACACUGCUAUUAUGAUGCUUAUCAAAUUGCACGAACGUGUACUGGUGCGCACUUUCCAGGCUCUAUACUGGUAGCAUGGAUAAGUUGUUUUAAUUGCUAGAAUUGAGUUAAAAAGGAUUUAACAGUUAUAUUGUCAAAUAUUCGAUUUUCUUUUCAGACUUAUGAAAUGCGAUUCAUUAAAAUUGUAACAAACGUCUUCAAAAUUUCUUAACAGUAUUGUCCCCAUUUACUUCUUAAAAUUCAUAUGUGUAUAAAAGAAAUUGUUAUCAGAAAACAUUUUUUUUUUUCGAUUUUUUUAUGUGCAAUAAAUCAAGCCUAAGAAAAACAUCAUGUUCACAUUUUACUUUUUACACACAAAGUUUACUAACCAAUUCUGCUAAUGGAAUUAAAAAUAGUUCAACUAAGUCAAAUUUCGUCAUCCCAGGCCUCAUAAUGUACAGAUAUUUUACACCCAAUCAGCUUACAGUUUUUUUUUCUCGAUUUUUUUUUUUUUUUUUUUUUUUUUUUCAAAUUUGUUAGACCGCGUCUCAUCUUCAGUUACCGUGCAAGGAUUUAAUCCAUGUUCAUCAUGUAUAUCUAUGUAUUAUUAUUUUCUCAUAUUUAUUCUCAUGUUGGACAAAUUUUUAACAAAUAAUGAAAUGUGAAUGAUGAUAAAAAAAUUUAUAUAGAAAAUAUUGUAUUUUAUAUUUGUGUUGUUUUAGUGUUUAAAUAAUGCAUUGAGAAGAUGUUGAUUAUCACCAAGCAUUUAAUUGAAAUAGAUCAGCCGGUACCCAAUUUUUAAUUGUUUUUGCUGCUUUAAGUUAAUCUACUGGUACCUGGCACUGUACUUUACCUAGUGCUAGACUUUAUAUUGAACUGCUGGUUGUAAUAUCAAGUUGAAAUGCCAGAAUCUUAAGAACAAGUUGGUGAACUGGUACCAAGCUUCAAUUUGAUGCCAGGUACAAGAAUUUAAUAAUGUAUCCGGUAUCAAGCUAUUAAAAUAGAUCCAGUUAUUAAGUUUUGUAAAUUUAGUUGAUAAAUUGGUACCAGUCAUUUUGUUAAUAAACUGGUACCAAACAUAUAUUGUAUUUGAUAAGUUGGUACCCAAAAUCAUGUUGAUCAGCUUGUUCCCAGUAUCUAGUUCAAUAAGCUGGUUCCUAUUUGCAGGAUGUUAUAAUUGUGAUGGUGUUUUUUUCUUCUUCUGAAAUGUGAACAAGAAUGUGGAAUAAAAUCUAAAAGAUGUUAA